CUAAAAAUUUAUAAUCCUCUUGUACAUUUUGUAGAGAAAAUAUCAGCAACUUGUUAUUCUCACUUGUUAUUAACCCCAUCAUUCUAAAAGUUUUCACUUUUAUUUAUUCUCGAUAUACUCUUUUUACGUUAAUCAUGAAUUUUGUAACGAUUAUGGAGAGGGGGGGGGGAUAUUCAAGACAAAUUGUAUAAAUCCCAGUUUCUGAAAGUUUACAUUUUGAUUUUAUUUUCCUACUUUUGAUAGUUUUCAUUUUUUGUUUCAUAAGUAGACGUGGUUGCUUACCCCUUCCCUUCAAUCUUUUUAAAGCAAGUGAAUACGUUGAUAUGCAAACUUUGUUUAAACAAUUAUGUACAUAUAUUUUUUCUUAUUUCUCCUUCAUAAAUUCCUCUCUUUUUAAUUUACGGAAAUAUUUUUAGACAAUUAAAACGCUUAUUUUCUACAAACAAAGCAACCAUGGCUGUUCCUCCCGAUGUGGUCGAGAAAAUUGAAGCUGGAUACAAAAAGUUGCAGGAGGCGCCGGAGUGCAAGUCUCUUCUCAAGAAGUACUUCACUAAAGAAGUUAUGGACCAAUGUAAAGGGCUCAAAACUAAACUUGGCGCGAACUUGCUUGAUGUAAUCCAGUCUGGGGUUGCGAAUCUUGAUAGCGGUGUUGGUGUUUAUGCGCCUGAUGCUGAGUCCUACACUCUCUUCAAACCGCUUUUUGACCCGAUUAUUCAAGACUAUCACAAUGGAUUUGGACCUAACCAGAAGCAGCCCCAAACUGAUUUGGGUGAAGGAAAGACUCAGCUUUUGCCUGACCUGGAUCCUGAGGGUAAAUUCAUCAACUCGACUCGUGUUCGUUGUGGCCGUUCUCUUCAAGGAUAUCCAUUCAAUCCAUGCUUAACCAAGGAAAACUAUACAGAAAUGCAGGACAAAGUUAAGGCUGUCUUUGACCAGCUUAAGUCUGAUCCCGAGCUUGGUGGGACCUAUUAUCCUUUGGAGGGGAUGACCAAAGAAGUUCAAACCCAGUUGAUCAAGGAUCAUUUCCUGUUCAAAGAAGGAGAUCGCUUUUUGCAAGCCGCGAAUGCUUGUCGUUACUGGCCAACGGGACGUGGUAUUUACCAUAAUGACAAGAAGGCUAAUCUAACAAAAUUUUUAUUUAAUUUUACUUAA